UGUGAUCCAUUCAUUUCCAGUAAAAGCCUUUUUGUAGCCGUCGUCGGUCAUUGCGAUUCUGGAUGGGCCUACUUCGACAAAACCGACUCGUGUUAUAGGGUGAGUAGCAACAUUCUUCAUGUAAUAAACAUCUCCAAGGCCGGUGUUGAAUACAAGAAAGCCGAUGAUCUAACAUGGAUUGGUCUAAAGCAGCAAAACUAUCCUACGUCAGAGGCAUGGACAUGGACUGAUGGUACACCAUUUGACUACAAUGCUUGGGGUCCUUCUCAACCGGUAGAUAAAAAAGGACGUGACCAUUGCGCUCAGGUUGUCCUUUUUCAAUGUUCUCAUUGCAGUAGUAGUUUUAGGCCGAUCUGA